AUGAAGGAAUUAAUAGGGAGGUCAAGGCACGAAAGGAAGUUGGACGGCAUUUACAAUAAACAAAGAGACUUGUUAAUACAUCAUCAUAAAAAUAAAAAAACGAGUAGCAGUAGUGAUAUAUAUAUAAAUUUAAGCAAAAGAAAAGCAAAUGAGUCUAUACCUUUCCCCGAAAUAUAUGAAAAGAAAAGAAAAUAUGAUAAAACAUGUCUGACAGGUACACGAAGUGAUUACAAAAAUGAAGGGGAGAAGAAUAUAUAUUUAGGGAAAUUGAACAAAGACGAAAUAUGUAGUAAAGUUAGUGAAAAUAGUAACAGUAUUACUCUAUAUAAAGGAAUAUAUAUUAUACUAUACAAACAUAUAUAUUCAAAAAAUAAAUUUGUUAAAAGCGUAAGUAUUUUUAUAAAUUUAUGUAUGAAUUAUAUGAAUAACGAAAAUAAAAAAAUUUUUUUCUUUUCAUUUAAUAAAAUAUUAAAUGUUUUCCAUCAAAAUUAUUUAUUAUAUGAUGAUCAUGAAAAAAAAAAAAAUAAUAAUAUUUAUACCUUUUAUAAUAACAAUGAGUUACAUAUAAAAUGCAUAAUUUCUUUUUUCGAUAAAAUUGUAAAUAAAAUAAUAGAUGGUAGAUUUAUUAUAAAUUAUACAACUGAAGAAAAUGCUUCCCCGAGAGGGGAUGGCCACUCCGAUAAGUCCUCGUGCACAGAUAUUCAUAAAAAUGGGCCUACUAUUUCGGAGCAAAAGAAAAACAAAUCCGAGAGGAGUAGCAGUAGAGACAGCAAUAGCAGAAGCAAUUGUAACAGUAACAGUAACUGUAACAGAAGCAGUAGUAACAAAAACAGUAAGUCUCACUGGAACGAACAGGCAUGUAAGGACCUGGUUCCCAACGGACGUAGUGGUAAGGAUAGUCCAGCUAAUACUACGACUUCCCUACUUGGAGACAAAAAUGAAAUAAAACAAAAAAAAAUUUCAACAAUAAUAUUAACGAAAGAGGAAAAAAAGUUUUUAAAGGCACUGAAAAUUAAAAUUUACUAUUUAGUUAUAUUAUUUAAGUUAAAUGAUAAUUUUAUUUUUAAUAAAUUGAUGAGUAUAUAUAGGCAAAUUUUUGAGGAUAUACAAAAGGACUAUGUCAUGUUUGAGGAGAAGGGAAUAAUAAAUGGUGUGCAUUCUCCUAUAAGAUUAGAAGAUAGAUCAAAUGAAAAAACCCAAUUGAGCAAUGAAGAGAAUGAAGCAAAAGAAGACAAGGAAAACAUUUUUAACAGGAAAAGUGUAGAGUGUCAAAGGAAUGAUACAGAAAAAGAAAUGAACAAAUUAAAGGAAGAGAGCAAAGAAAAGGAAGACGAAGGAAUGCAUUACAAUGACUUCCUCCUUCUUAAGGAUGAGUGGGUCUUACCAAAUGAGUAUGAAAUUUUUAAAAUGAAAAGAACAGCAUUUGUUAAGUGUCUUUCUAAUUUGUUUCAUUUCAUUAAUAUUAAUUGGGCAAGAACUUUAGUUGAAAGCUUGCUGCAAGAUGUGUAUUUGAAAAAGUAUAUCUUCGACGGUUGUGAUGAAAUAAUUAUUGAAAAUUUGCAAUCAUUAGUAAAAGCUAAUAUGAAUAAAAGAAAAAAUAAGUAUGAACAAUCUAAAGUUUUGUCAAUAGGGGAAUCAUUAAACCCCGUGGUUGAUGCGCGCGAUGAGAAAAUUGUUUCAUUGCAUGGGACUCACGUUUGGUCGAACAAGCAGAUGGAGCGCUAG